CAUCUUCAAAAUGCCUGUCAAAAACAUUGUUUCCAAUAUAUGAAUUAGUCAUGUUACAGAAUUUCUCAUCAUCUAGCUCCAGCAAAUAAAUUUUCUUUGCUUUUUGAGACAUUCAAUAUACAUUAAUUUGUUGUCUAUUAUGGUCUUAAUACCUCAAUAUACACCAUAGGGUUAAUUAAAUCAAAGCAAACAAUAAAUAAAAAUGGUAUUUUUGGAAAUUUUAUUAAUAAUAUUUAUCAAAAUACCCUUGUUUUGGAGUGUGAAACUAGCUUAUCAAAUCUGGUGGAAACCUAAGAUAGCAAAGCGCAAAUUGAGAAAACAAGGCAUACAUGUUCAAUCAUCUAAGUUACCACAUGGAAAUGUUGAAGAUGAUAACAUCGAGCCGGAGCUAACCCACGAUAUCGCGGCUCGUGUUGAUCCUUUGCUUCACGAACUCGCUUCGAGACAUAAGAAACUAUUUGUUGUUUGUGAUGGAACAAUGCCUACUGUUAUAGUCAUGGAUCCAGAGCUUAUAAAAGAGAUUCUAACAAGGAACUUUGAUUUUCAAAGUCCAGAAGCAAGUCCAACAAUGAAGUUUUUCGUGAAAGGUUUGGCAAAUAUUGAUGGAGAUAAAUGGGCAAAACACAGGAACAUAAUCAAUCCUGCCUUCCACAUAGACAAAUUGAAGGGAAUGUUGCCAUCUUUUAUGGCAUCUUGUGAAGAAAUGGUUCAAAGAUGGGACAACUUAAUUGGAUCAACAGAGUGUUAUGAAGUAGAUGUUCUGCCUGAGUUUCAAAAUUUAACAACAGACAUAAUAUCAAAGGCAGUUUUUGGUAGCAACCUUGAAGAAGGGGAGUUCAUAUUUUCUCUUCAAAGAGAACAAGGGCAACUCUUUUUAGAGUCUCUUUUUAAGCCCAAUUCUAUUUGGUCAAGGUUCUUGCCCUCAAAACUAAACAAAAGAAUGAAGCAGAAUCACCGUAAAAUCCGAUCUUUAUUUGAAGGCAUACUAGAGAAGGAAGAGAAGGUUGUACUAUCAAGAGAUGAUAAUCAUCAUGAUUUACUCAGUCUAUUACUCCAUUCUAAUUUAAACGAAACUAAUCAAAAUAAAAAUGGCGGAAUGUCGAGAGAAGAUGUGAUAGAAGAAUGCAAAUUAUUCUACUUUGCUGGUCAUGAGACAACUGCAAGUUUGUUGGUGUGGACGAUGAUUGUGCUAAGCAUGCACCAAAAUUGGCAAGAUAAAGCUAGGAAUGAGGUUUUACAGGUUUUUGGGAAAAAUAAACCAACUUUCGAUGACUUGAACUACUUGAAAAUUGUAAAUAUGGUUCUACUCGAAGUCCUGAGAUUAUACCCACCAACAUCGUUGGUUCGAUCCAUUCAUAAAAAUACUAAAAUCGGAGAGUACUCUCUACCAAAAGGAGUCACCUUGAAAGUCCCAUUGCACCUGGUUCAAAGAGGUCAAGAACUAUGGGGAGACAAUGCGGUAGAGUUCAAUCCUGACAGGUUUUCUGAUGGGAUUUCGAAUGAUCAAUUGUCAUUAUUUUCUUUCGGAUGGGGACCAAGAAUUUGCAUUGGCCAAAAUGUUGCUAUGCUUGAAGCUAAAUUAGCACUAGCUCUAAUCUUGCAACGUUUUUCAUUUCACCUCUCGCCUACGUAUAAACAUGUUCCUACUGUUGUAAUUACACUUCAACCUAAGUUUGGAGCACAAAUUAUCUUACAAAAGAUUUGAAUCGUUUAGCUCCCUAAUGUGUUGUAUAGAAAUAUUGUAACACCCAUAUUUGAGUUGCAUAAAGUCACAUGCUCAUGCAUUUCAAUCAUUUUGAUGGUCAAGAGUAGGGGUGUUCAAAUAUGAGUUAUUUAAACCAUGAACUCAUAACAGGAUAGCAUUUCUAGUGUAAUAUUGAUCAUUCGAAAGAUUUUUAAAUUUUGGCUCACUAUAAAAUGAGCUUUCCAAAAUUUAUAACCCCCACAAUCCAAAUUGUACACCCAAGUCAAGAGUAAGCG